AUGCAAGAAACGCACGUUUCGUUGUCUGACUUCUAUAUGGCUUGGUUGAUGGCUACUAGCGAAAUAAAAAAGGUUAAAAACAAUCCUUUUGUUGCUAGUAUACUGACAUCUUUAAAUAAACGGUUAGCUACUCUUCGUGAAUCACGAGCCUUUAAAAUGGCUUUGUUUCUUGACCCUCGGUUCAACUAUCGAGGAUCGACAGUGUUUACUGCUGAAGAAAAAGAGGAAAUUCAGGGAUUCAUCAUAGAUACGUGGAAACGUAUCCACGACUUAGAAUCACCAUCGUCUCUUAACGCCGCUAACGAUACGUCAUCAGAAUUGGGAUGCAUAGAUGAGUUCGACGAUUAUUUCACAGCUAUGUUCGGAGGAUCUCUCGAUACGGAUCAAUAUCCAAACGAAUCAAAUUUCCUUCAACAAAUGCAGUCCAUUGGAUUGGAGUCACGACAGAAUCAUUCCUACAAUGUAUGGGAUCAAUUUAAUUUGAUUUAA